AUGGCGAACGAUGGGCUGCGCACCCAAUACCCGUACGGCGGCCUAAGCCCACGCCCCAUGUACGAUUUCCCGUCCCCGACGUCAAACUAUCCCUCUGGCAUACCAGCGACCUCGCCGAGCUUCUUCCCCAUGGCCUACAGCAUCAGCCCGCGCUUUGGCGGCAGUGCCUUCAUCCCGCCCGCUGAUAUCUUUGUCGACCCUCGCAAUGCCUCCACGAAUGACAAUGGACCCUACACGCCGCGCGCUUUCAAGAAUCGGGGUUCUGGUGCCCUCGGCAGUGACCCGGUCGCAAUGCACUUGCUGGUGGAGACGGCCAUGAUCGACAGCCAGAACUUUGACAUCCUGUCAGUGGAAGAGGUGGAGGCGUUGAAGCAGGAACAAAAGGGCCUGGAUGGGCGGUUGAGUACCGUGAGGAAGCGCCUGGAAUCUGAGACCAAGAUUCGAGAUGCCGCGCGGUCACUGACCCGCCUCAAUUCUCGCGAAGAUAAAGGACACCGGAGAGGCCUCAGCAGCAGGAGCAGUCCUCCAGUGAAGGACACAUCCGUCAGGGCGCUAGAUGAGCUGGCUGCUAGUGACAAAAAGGUGGAGGAUUUUACGCGCGAGUUGUUGGAGGUCGAGUCACGCAUGCGCCUCAUUGACAUGCAGUUACUGAUGCACACUGCUGCCGUGUUGCAGCUGACCCACAACGGGCCGCGAAAGCGAAAACAGAAUGCGGAUAUGAAUAAUGGUGGAGACCGAAGACCAGACAGUCCUGCGAGCAUAUACACGUAUGAGAAUGAAAGAGGUUUCGGAGGGAGAGACGACGGAUUUGAUGAAAGGAGUCUCUACCGGUCACCGGAGAAUCUUGACAGCUUGAUGAACGCCUUGCAGAACGGCACACACCACCAAUCGCACUCAGUCGACAAACAGAAUGAACCGCUGAGCGCCAUGAGCAAGCGCCUCGAAGAGCUCAACGAGAACUUGAGAGGGCUCAUCAUAGAGGCAAAUCCGGAACGUAAUGAGAGGUAUCCUCCCCCUCCACAAGCAUCUGGAGCCACGCCAGACGCUGCUGAGCUCGAACGCCAACUGGACUUCCUAGACCAAGGUCUUCGCGAUAUUAGCACCGAGCAUGCGACACAGAAGGUUUCCACAGACGCCAAUGGAGCUGUAGAAGAGCGGUUACAGGGGAUCAACACCCAGAUGUAUGCCAUGCUUAGCGCUUCGGACGACAACGUGCCACCACCGCCCUCGGUCACCGGGAGCGGCUUGCAAGAGCAGCUCGAUUAUCUAGAAGACUCUUUCUAUAGCAUCGAGCGGCUACAGUAUGCUCUGAAUGACCAACUGGACGAUUUGCGUCAAGAUGCGGCCACCGAACAAGGCUUAGAGAAGUACGAAACAACCUUGACGAAGCUUUGGCAGAUGAUACAGAGAGGCGAAGAAGAAGCACGUGAGCGGAAACGUGAACGACGACGCUUAAUUGCAGAUGACCCUGAUAAUACGGAAGAGGUGUCUCCUGACGAAAGCGAUAUGGGUGAAGAGACUUUCUCUCUGCUAGCAUUCGAUUCAAAGAUACAGACAAUCUUCCGAAGGGCCAUGUCUCUCAAGGACAAGCAGUCUAUCUUGAUCAGACAAAUCAAGCAACAGCGCGAGCUCAACAGCAAGUCAGAUGCACAAAGAGAAGAGCAGGUCAACAGGCUCAACGAGCAAGUUCUUAGUGCGCGCUCAGAGAAGAAGACUAUGGAGGCAGAGCUCGAGCGAGCAAUGGGCCAACUGACAGCCUUCGAUGAAGCGAAAGUUCAAGCUGACGACCAAGCACUUCGUGACGCCCUAGAGCGUAAUGCGGGCCUAAAAACUCAGAUCCUAGAUGCUCAGGAACGAAGUAACGCUUUUGAAGCUCAGAUUCGUGAGGCGGAGCAGCGAAGUGCAGCAUACGAGGCCCAGAUCCGCGAUGCACAGGAGCGCAGCCUGGGCUACGAGGCGCACAUUCACGAAGCGCAAGAACGUACGACCGUUCUCGAAGUACAACUUAAAGAAGCCCAAGAACAAUCCCGCGCCGAAGCCGCCACCAUCCAAGCCGAACUUGCUCAAUCUAUGUCCAAGAUCGACGAAGCAUCCACCGCCCUCCUCGCGGCCACUGCGCAGAAAGAAGCAGCAGAAACCCGCGCCAAGGAAGCCACAACGGCGCUCUCGAGUAAGGAAGAAGAAUUGCGCAACCUCGAAGGCGAAGUCGUCCGCCUCACCACUGAACUCACCUUUGCCAAAGCCGAGCUCGACGGCGCAUAUGGCACCCGCGCCGAACGCGCCGCCGAAUCUGGUGCCACCACUAAGAAGGAGCUCGACGAGAUCGUGGCCACAAAUACGGCUCUUCUCGCUGAGAUCACAGCUCUUCAAAAGGUUUCAGAAGCAGCAUCUCAGUCAGAACAGGAAGCCCGCGACAACGAGCGCAACGUCAAGGCCGAGCUUGCCGGCAUGGCGAUAGAGUAUGAAGAGCUCACGCGCGACGCAAUCCAGAAUGAGAAGGACCGCGAUGCGCUCGAGGCCAGCAUCGACAGGCUCAGGGACGAGAAGGAGUUGCUUGAGCUUGAGCUGAGCGAUGAGAGGGUUAAAUGGUUGGGUAUUCGGAGCCCUAGUGUGGCUGCGGGCGCGACUGCGACGCCGGACCAAGGUGCGACGAGCAUUAGGAUGUUGAGGGAGGAUUUUAGGAAGAUGAUGAGGGAUCGUACGGCUGAGGCGUUGCGGGCUUUGAGGUCCGAGCAAGAAGAACGGCGCAAACUCGAGGCCAUGGUGCGCCAGCUGCGCAAGGAGUCGCAACUGCCGAAGUCGAAUCUCUCCAAGUCGGUUACCCCGGCUUCCACGUAA